GCUUUUAAUUUGAAGGCAACACGCCCAACCGGAAGUCAGGGGAAAGAACCGCUUUCCUCGGCUGGCACUGCUCCGAGCGAACCCGAAAAACCGGUACCGGGGUGCGGUGAGCGUCCGCGGAGGAGCUGGAAGCUGUCACUUUGCUUGUAAAAUAAUGACAAACGUGCACAGGAGCGUCACGAGCAACGCUGGCUGGACCGCUGCAGCGCGGACGGGCAGUCGCUGCUGAAGGAAAACGCAGAGCGGAAGUGGCUCAAACGGAGCACGCAGCCGUCCGGACGCCGUUGAAGUCUAGCGCAGCGCGGAGCGGAGCGGAGGAGAGAAACGCUUCGCGGAGUUCGUGUGAGGAGUCGACCGAAAACACACCGUUGCCGACAGCUUCACCUCCACCAGGUGCCAUGAGCAGUGAGCUGAAUGUGCCCAUGGGCUCCCCGGCCCCUGGGAUCUCAGAGCGCGCUUCGGAUGGAGGAGGCAUGGAUUAUAGGGACUGGGUGCGGCGCAGCUACCUGGAGCUGGUCAGCUCCAACCACCACUCGGUGCAGGCCCUGUCCUGGAGGAAGCUCUACCUGAGCCGGGCCAAGCUCAAGGCCUCCAGCAGGACCUCUGCGCUGCUUUCUGGCUUUGCGAUGGUGGCCAUGGUGGAGGUGCAGCUGGAGAUGCAUUACAGUUACCCUCGGGAGCUCCUCAUUGCCUUCAGUGUGUGCACCACCGUGUUGGUGGCCGUUCACCUCUUCGCUCUGCUGAUCAGCACCUGCAUCCUGCCCAACGUGGAGGCCGUCAGCAACAUCCACAACCUCAACUCCGUCAGCGAGUCGCCUCACGAGCGCAUGCACCACUACAUCGAGCUGGCCUGGGGUUUCUCCACCGCCCUGGGCAUCUUGUUGUUUCUAGCAGAGGUGGUGCUCCUCUGUUGGAUCAAGUUCCUGCCCGUAGACUCAAUCAAAAAGCCGGAGACCACCCCGGCGCCCCAGAACAGCGGCUGGCAGGCUGCGCUCGCCUCUACUAUCAUCAUGGUCCCCGUGGGCGUGAUUUUUGUGGUUUUCACCAUACACUUUUACCGCUCGCUAGUGCGCCACAAGACGGAGCGACACCACCAGGAGAUUGAAGAACUGAACAAGAUUAAAGUGCAGCUGGAUGGCCAAGAACAGGGCCUCCUGACCGUGUGACUGCAUGACGCCAACUUUAAAAACUUGUUUGAAGCCUAUAUUUAUAGAAUCCUCUUCUUUCUCCCUGCUCAUGUCAUUCUUAUUGUUUUGCUUGGAUUCGCAGGCAUCGAGCUCUAAAACUCCUCCCGUCGCUGCACAGACGGCCGACACGUUACACUGCUGAGCCGUUCUUAAGGUAAAGUUGCAUUGUCGGACUCGUCUGUGCACUAGAUGUGUAAUGGUCAAGAGUAAGGUAAAGGUUUACAAGAAAAGGGCUAUUAGGUUAUAUGUGCCACUUUUUUCUAAAUUUAUUUUUUCAUGCUUUUGUUGGAUUAUCUGAGCACUGUCGUGAAGCUCUCUUAUUUUUUUAGCCAGAAUAAACUACUGACCUUUUAAUAAUUAAAUUAUUGCCAUAAACCCUAAGGUCUAAAUGUAACAUGCUCUCCAUAAGCUGGUGUUUGUGUUCAGCCAAAACUUAUUGAGAGAAAAGCAUUAUUAGAUCCAGAGAUACUUGGAGCAAGUGUGACAUGAAAAAAUUGAAAUGCCAAAGCUUUACAGAGUCAGUGUUAGUAUUUGCAAAUAUGCAAGCUUGUAAUGCUGAAUCCCAUGUUUAUCUGCGUGUGAAAGGAUUCACACAGACUUAGGAAGGCAGUCAGAUGCUAUUAAACCCCAACUCAUUGCUCUGAGGUCUUAUCGAGUGCAGGCCUCUGUGUGAACCUCAGACCUGAGGCUUUUGCAUUAUAGCUGAUUUGAAUUUAUUGUGAAGUGCUGUUGCUCUGCAGCCCUGUUGGCAUUUGUUCCACUCUGUUGUGACUUGGGGUACGUUUACACAAAGAUUUCCCAAACCUGGCCCUCGAGGCCCGCUGCUGCCGCUUGACUUCCAGCUAAGGCAGGGGCUUUGCACACAGGAUUCAGAAACCUCUGGUCUAGUCUACACUUUCACCUGUUUGGGGCAAAAUUUCUGUUGCUACUAGUAAAGUCUUAAGUGUUGCGUUGUUGUAAAACUUAGGUUGGCAUCACUGGAUUUUUACACCUAUUGUGCUAUUAACCGUUUAGUCAUUGGAUUUGUGCAAAUAGCCUUGAUUUUCUGUACAAAGACCACAGCCUGUGUAAAACCGGUCAGUCUUGCAUAACGAUGCUGCUAAUAGUGCUUAACUAUGAAUGUGUUAGUGUCCAAACAUCGUUCUGCCUUAUAGAAUUAUUGCCUUUUAUAAACCGUUGUUUAGCUAAAGGCCAUAACACAAGCAGAUCUUUCUUUUGCCGGAGUUUUUGUUGUUAAGGAUGAAAAAGUGAGUUGACUCGAAGCCCAGAGAGCAGGAGAAACACUCCAGUGUGGGUUUGGGACAGUACGUUACUGAGUUUCUAAAUGAAAAUGUGCCAGCUUAUCACAUUCCAAAUGAGAAGACCAAAGUUUGCUUCAUUGUUUAUUUCUUCUUAGACAAAUGGACAGACGGUAGUUUACCUGUACAACGAGCGGCAGCCUGGGUUUUUAUCUGAGAACAUGUCGCUUUGUGUUUUUGAAUUUAUGCUUGAUAAAUGAAGGCUGCAGAGGCCUUUUAUUUAAAUCACAGCUCUAAACUUUGAAAAAUAAAAAUACGUUUACGUUUU